UUGGAGUAAAUCUAGAGACCUCUGCCCUCUGGCGAAUGGCGUUUAGAAACAUAAUAUUUCUAUGAGUGCAAAAUAGCAACUUUAAUAAUUUAUUAUAAACAAAGUUACCCCAAAGUUACCCAGGACAAGAAAAAAGUGAUAAAUAGAUGUAUUUUUUUGCAUAGGAUCGAUUUUUAUAAAUGAUAUUGGUCUUCAACUAUUUUGACUCGAGUAACCCCAUAAUAUUUGCAAUAAAAACGUAGUUUCGUCAUUUUAAGUGAAAUUAUUAAACUCAACAUAUUUCAGCUGUAUCAUUAUCAAUCUUUGAAUUUAAUAAUUACAUAAAAAGUUGAAAUUUUAUUAAUUAUUUAAUAUGACCACGAUGAUACAAUUGUCAGAUGAACAGAUAGAACGUAGAAAUACUUUUUGUGGCUGUAAUCUUGAAAAUGUUGUUAAAUAUGUCUCAAUUCAUGGUGUUAUUUCAACUCUGUUGUUACCAUUAACGGUACAAGUAAUUGGUGGUCAAUAUGGUGUGUUGAUGAUAAGCCAUUCGAGGACGAAAAAAUGCCCAGAUGAAGUUUUGACUUUGACGGAUAUGCACGUCGUACUUGAGGUGUUUCUGAUAAGCCUGCUCUUAGUUGGGCAUUCAGUAGGUUUUAUUGGUGUGUUUCAGAAGUGGAGUGCAGGCUUGGUAUUGAAUUUACUUUUCCGUAUAGGCGAGAUUUUCUUAUCUUUUUAUUGGUUGAUGAGUGUAUUUACCGAUAAUAUCAAGUCUCAUACUAUGUCACAAUUUUCAUUAGGAUGGUAUUGCUUCUUUUCUUUCUUUGUCCAAUUCAUGUCUUUAAACAUAAUAGUAUUGUGGAUAUCUGCACCAGUAAAAAAGAAGAUCAAGAAGGAUUAAGUGUCUGGAAUUACCAAGGAUCAUGCUCAUCUAGCGAUCAUCUUUUACAACAAAAAACAUUUAAAAAUUAUAAAAAGUAUAUAGUUUUUAUAAGGACACUAGUAAUAUCAUUAUCAUCGUAAUUAUAAAUCAAAAUAAAAAAUAAUUUUUCAAACCGCUUGACAUUUUUUUUCCAUGAGAAAUCAAUUCAUUUAUGCAACGGAAAUAAAUAAAUAGUUAUAUGUAUUAAAAAUUAUCAAAAAGUGUAUAGUUUUAUGUAAUGUCUCAUUUAAAAACUAUAACGAGUAACGACAAUAAUAAUUGAUUUAUUAUUAUAAUUAUAAAUUAAAAUAAAAAACAAUAUUAUUUUUGUCAUCAUGGAUAUUCGAACCACAAUUUCCAAAUUGGGGGCAAUCGAAUAGGUCAGACGAGGUAACUUGUCGCUUCCAUAUACAA